AGGACGUUCAAAUAGUUGUCAAUUAUUUAGAGAUGUCAUUUUACCGUGAUAACUUUAUUGGGAAUAAUUUGUGAUAUAAACGUUGUUAUUAUUUAGUUUUUAGUGUAGUUUUUUUUUCUAGAGAAAUGGGCUGUCUUUUCUCUAGGAGAAUGAAUGAGGAGGAUAUGGUAUACGACAUGACACCGAUACGGCAUUUACCAGUCAUAUUCGUGAACGGCGUGCCUGGCGCUGGUAACCAUACGGUGGCACAGACCAUAUCGAACAUGACGGGUUACUCUAUGAUCAGGCCGGGCGAGCUGGUGGCUGCGGAGGCUCUGAAGGACACGGCGAGGGGCAGGUUGAUCGCCGACAGACUACAGGCGCGGGAAGAUGUACCGGAGCAACUUGCAGUGGAUUUAAUAAAGGAGGCGAUGCUGGCACAGCAGGAUGCCACGGGUUUCAUCCUGGUCGGGUUCCCGAAGAACCCAAGGAUGUCCAACAUAUUCAACAGACAGGUCAAGUGGCCCGAGAAGAUCGUCGCCCUAGAAGUUGACAAUGAGUUGGCAGCUUCACGAUUACAGACGAAACUAUCAGAGCUCGGAAGGCCCGAAUCUGAAAUAAACUCGGCACGGCAGAUAGUCAAAGAGGCGGCACACAAAGUCAAGAACGUGCACAAAAGGUUUGGCGGUCACGUGGUCACGGAGAUCCUGUCAGACACGAUACAGAAGAGUCAGAAACAAUCGUUGUGCUCCGAGCCGUGUCCAGCGGCGACAUCCGCCCCUGCGAUCACAAGUGCUCCCACAAAUGCUCCAACAAAUGCUCCCGCAAAUGCUCCCGCAAAUGCUCCCGCAAAUGCUCCCGCAAAUGCUCCCGCAAAUGCUCCCGCUCCCACAAAUGCUCCCACUCUCACAUAUGCUCCCGCUCCCACAAAUACUCCCACUCCUAUAAAUACACCUGCUCCUACAAAUGCUCCUAUUCCCAUGCCUGACGACGUGGCACCAACGGUAGACGAAUCGGACAAGUGA